CCUGUGAGGAGCCAAAAGUUCGGGUUGGAAGUCCUUCCUUGCAGAGGAGGGAGUUGUUCACAAAGCCUCCAAGUAGCAGCAGCAGCUCCACUUAUUUCUUUGGUGGCAUUUCAUACAGAGGGGCCGGGAGCUGCUACAAGGAAGCAUUGAACAGCCAGCUGUCUGCUGCUCUGGAGGGACUUCUUCUCAGUCAUGAUAUUCAGAUGGAAUUGGUAUGCUACCCUCAGUGGGACAUUCCUCAUCAUCCAGGCUUUCCCACACACCAAUAUUAAAAUCAGUCAAGCUUUGCCAGAACCAAUCCUGUCCUACUCCUGUCCUCUCUUCUGGACUGAAUAUGAAGGCUAUUGUUACAGAUAUUUUCCCAUCAAUAAAACGUGGGCAGAGGCUGACUUAUAUUGUGCAGAGUUUUCCAUUGGUCUCAAAUCAGCCAAACUGGCAUCCAUUCACAGCUGGGAAGAGAAUGUAUUUGUAUAUGACCUGGUGAACAGCCGAGUCCCUGGAAUACCCACUGAUAUCUGGACAGGUCUUAAUGAUCUAAGGCAGGAGAGCGACUUUGAAUGGACGGAUGGCUCAUCGUAUGACUAUAACUACUGGGAUGGCAGCCAGCCAGAUGAUGGGAUCCAUUCUAAACCAGAAGACGAAGACUGUGUGCAGAUCUGGUACAGAUACACCAGCGCAUUGCGUUCAUGGAAUGACAAUAGCUGCAACAGAGAAUUCCCGUUUGUGUGCAAAAUUCCAUCCCUGGCGGCCAAUUAGCUCUUUCGUCGCCUGGAACAAGAGAGACAAGCAGACUCUUCAGCUACUGGCAGCAAGCGACACGGAUGCACAGCUUCCUCUUUAGACGUCAUUGUUAUCAUUCUAAUAAAUCCCAUUCCUGAUCUGA